GGAGAAAUGUUUUUUAUGUCUUAGCCUGUGAGGGAGUCCAACAUUCACACCAUGUCAGUGCGGUUUGGUGAAGACAACAGUCCAGCCCGUGCUGUUUAGGGACUUUUUUUUUUUUUUUUUUUUUUUUUUUACACCGUACAUGCAUUUAUUCAACUGGACGCCUGAGUAAGACUUAUGACAUUUGACACAGUCCGGGAGCGAGGCUGCAAAUGGGCGGCAUAGGUGGCAACCUUUACCUCAGCAUGUUGAAUGGGACUGAAACGCAAACUUUCGGAAAGAACGCCGACAUCAGCAGUCACCUCCACCGCGGCGGGAAGGAUCUAGCAGAGUUUAAGAUGGGGAUCCAGGACGCCAGGUUUUACUACCCGGACUCUGUCCAGAGCGGCCAGGACGCGCUGUCUCUGCCCGGCUACCACUCGGAGCAGGCGGUGGGCGCGUACGCAGCGCAGCCCGGCAGGUUUUACGCGCAGCCGCUCGGCGGCUGCCCCUACGGCGCCGUGCGCUCCCCGCCGAGGAGCGCGGCCAGCCAGGGCUUCAUCCCGGCGGCGGGGGACGGCUUUCCCGCGGGAGCCAAAGACGCGUACGCUGUGCCCUCUCCGGAGAACUACCCCAGCGGCUUCCAGCACGGCUACCAGCGGUCGCCCCUCUACCCUUUACCUGGGCUACAGGUGUGCGGCAAGACGCAGGCGCUGCUCAAUAACUACCCGCUCUGGGCCAAGUUCCACAAAUUCCAGACCGAGAUGAUCAUCACCAAGCAGGGAAGGAGGAUGUUCCCCUUUCUGAGCUUCAAUAUCAGUGUUCUGGAUCCAUCCGCCCACUAUAACGUCUACGUGGACGUUGUUCUGGCGGAUCAGCACCACUGGAGGUACCAGGGCGGCAAGUGGGUCCAGUGUGGGAAAGCAGAGGGCAACAUGCCAGGAAACAGGAUGUACAUGCACCCAGACUCUCCCAAUACUGGAGCUCAUUGGAUGAGACAGGAGGUGUCGUUCAGCAAGCUCAAGCUCACCAACAACAAGGGCAGCACCAACAACGUGGCACAGAUGAUAGUCCUCCAGUCGCUGCAUAAGUACCAGCCGCGUCUGCACAUCGUGGAGGUGAAGGAGGAUGGCUCAGAGGAUCCCUUCCUGUCGUCCAAAGCCCAGACCUUCGUCUUUCCAGAGACUCAGUUCAUUGCUGUCACUGCUUAUCAGAACGCAGACAUCACUCAGCUGAAAAUAGACCAUAACCCCUUCGCUAAAGGUUUCCGCGACAAUUACGACACGCUUUAUGCUCCUCCUGACUCUGAUCGCCUCACCCCUUCGCCUACAGACAGCCAGCAGGUGCUACCAGGGAGUUGCUACCCCCAAAGCUACCUCUCCGAACAGUACAUGAGCCCGCUGCCGCAGAGCCGCUUCUACGGCCGCGAGACUAUCGGUUUAGGCCAACAGCACAAAGAUGCAUCCUCCAGUCCUGGACCCCACAGCAGAUGGUACCUGCACCCCCAGCAGGGCAUGUCCUCCAACAGACUCGACUUCCCCUCCUCCUAUGAAGGGGACUUCUCUGGGAAUGGUUUUUACAAGCCGUUCCCCUUGCAGACACCCACUCACCACGCCCUCAGCUACUACCCCGACAACCCUUUUGCAUCCACCAGCGUGUCCGUUUCAGGUGCCACCUCAGCGGGCUGGAGCGCCAGCCGACCCACCCCACAGUACCUCACCAACCCCAGUAAACCCACGCCCAGUCUGGGCUGGUUCAGACCCAUAUCCUCCUCCUCUUCACCAUCGUCCUCUGCUAAGUCGCCUGGCCAGCCCAGGCUAGCUCCGCACACACACCUCGAGUCCUUGCAGACACCCAUGUUGCAGGACAAGCCCAAAGACUCUGUGGGAGUGGCGGCAGAGGACGCCUGGCUCGAACCUCCCUCCGUGAAAUCAGCAGACUCCACCGACUCGGGCCUGUUUGAGGGCAGCGUCGGGGACAACAAGAAGAGGAAGGUGUCGCCCUACACGUCCAGCACUGAAAACUCCCCACCUCCUCGCAGCAGCGAGGUCUGUGAGAAGGAUAGCAACAGUGAUGCAGACUAUUAUGGCUAUUACACCCACUGAAGACCUUCCACAUCCCCCCGGUUGCUGAAGUCUUUCCCAACACCUUCCCACACCACCCUCAUGGACACGUAUAUGUCUGUCCAGUCAGGUUACGAGAAAGGGCUGGAACAGUCUCUCUUUUUUUCUAACACGAUAAACCUCAACACGGGGAAGCCGUCCGUGUUUUUAAGUCCCAUCUCAGAAGUGUCAGGUGAUAACAGGAGGAGCUUUCAAGGAUACUGUCAGAGUGAACAGGAGUGAAUGUGACUGGGCCACAGGCCUCCAGUCGCAUGACCGACAAACAGACACACAGAGGUGUGACCGAAGUCUUUGAAACAUCUGGAGAUAUGAAAAAAAAAAAGUUCUGCAUAUCUGCUUCCUGACAGACGCCUGCGGGGAUUGUCUGUUCUUUCUGCAUCAAACACUUUCUCUGCCACUUUUGCCAUGUCUUGUCUCACCACCCAGCCAUCGAAACGUUUCCUCACAAUAUGCUGACAUUCAUUCAUUCCCCCGGAUGAUUCUGUGCAGAAAUUGCAUUUUCACCCACUCUUCUCUGCCCAAUCAGGUCCAGCAUCGCGGUGCAGCGCCCACUAGUGGCCACAGAGGAGUUUUGCAGAAUCUGUUUGAGCAGAGUAAUGUCAGUGGGGGUUGAAAGAGCUCAGCACAAGUAACCUGAAGGGGUUAAUUAGUGGCUACCGUGUGCGUGCAUCUCUGUGUUUCAGUAAAACACCAACCAGAGCAGGCUGUAGCGAGUCAGCGCCACUAAGACCAUACAACAUAUCUCACACACUUGAGGGUAAAAUAGUGAGAUAAACUGUUUGUGCUGCGUUGUGAUUUAAUCCGACACAUCAAAACACAUUUAAAACACAGAAGCCAGUGAUUCAUAAGGCCACACUGACCUCAAACUUCACUAUCAGUGUCUGAGGACACGUUUACAAGACCGCCAACAAUGAAUUGUUGAAAUCAGCUUUGAUAAUAUAAUUGUUAUCAGUUUUUAAGAAUUGUGUCAAUACUUGAAAAUCUUUGACUAUCUUUGACUUGAAAACAUAAAGUUUUACAUUAACCUCAUCGAUGUAUAAAUUCAGUUUCUGUGCACCCUAGCCAUGCCAGGGUCCGGGUUACUCUGUUGUCAUGGAAACUGAUCGGUUGUGGUUGUG